UAAUCUAGACUAUGUAUUAAUGCGGGACGCGCCGCCGCCGAGACAGACGCGGCAGAAUAGCGCGGCCGCCAAGCGCUCAGUGCCCGCCGGACCCGUCGCCCACAGGGAACAUCUUGAAGUAGAGGUCGAUGUCCGGCACGUAGUGCACCGGCCCCUUGGUCAGCGUGAACCAGACCAAUUGCCCCGCGUCGGGGUCCUCGUAGCCGACGGCCCGCUCGUGCUCGGCGCUCGGCACGAGGAUCGGGUUCUCCUUCGUGCCCUGGUCGGCGGGCGGCACGAUGGGGUCCCGCGAGAAGAGCUCGCCCUCGCCGGCGAGCUCGUACUUCAUCUCCUCGAGCCGCCGGCCCGCCUGCUGGUUGAUGUCCUCGGGGAUUUUGCCGUCGCUGCCGGACAAGGCCCGCGCGGCGCAGCGCGGCCGCGCGGCGGCUGCGGCGAGCCGCGGCGCCCUCCUUGCGAGGGCCCACAUUUCUCAAGUCGUCGGCGCGGUGGCGUCGACGUUUAGCACUCAAGUCACCGGCGCAGCGGUCGCGUCGACUUCUCACCUGCGCGGGGGGCAUCGCGUGGGGCAACAGCAAUCGGCGGCGGCGCAAGGGCGGGAAUUGAGUGAGGCGGCGGCGCCUCAGGCGGUUUGAGCCGCGGAGAGCAUCACAAGCCGGCGGCGCCCCGUUCGGGUGGCGUUUUUGAGUGAGCCAUCCGGAGCAGCGCGCGCGCGAGCCCGCGGCGCAACGCUCGGGCUGGGCUUUUGACUGAGCGGAACGCGCGGAACACGACCCGGUCGCGCCGCGGUUCCAGCAGUACCGCCGCCAGUCCCGCCGGCGGAAGCGCACGGCGCGCAGCAGCGCAUUGGGCCGCCGUUAGAGAGCGCGCAAGCCCGCGCCGCGCCGCUCGGCAGAGAAUGGCUCCAAUCGGUGAGGGUUGCGGUACAGCCUCCUCAGCGCACCCGCUGGGGCGGUUUCGGAGGUAGAGGGCAGCGAAUCGCAAAUACAAUCUUUCCUAGACGCCGUGCUUUACUUCACAGCGCAGCGGCGUGGCCAGCUGCCUCGCGCCUCGUCUUAUGCCAAAAC